AUGGAAUCGGCUCUGAAAGCGGUCCUGAGAAGACUGUGCUCCCUCCAUGGUUGGCUCUACGGCGUGUUCCUGCAAGCCAGCCUCGGCGAUCCCGGGUAAUGGCCGUCGGCGCACUUCAUGUCUCUCUCUACCUCGAUCAUUUUCUCGUGUGCGCACCCAGCUGUUGUGUGGGUUUCCUCGCGUUCUCUUCGAGUCUGCAUCGUGGGUUUCACCCAGAUCAGCUUUUCCUCUCUCUCUCUCUCUCUCUCUCUCUCUCUCUCUCUCUCUCUCUCUCUGAAUAUAUGUAUUGAUUUGUGUUGGUCUUUUCUGUUGUUCUUGUUCAUCGUUUCCUUCUUUUUUCUCCCAUUUAUCUUAUUUUGUCCAAUAAAAAGUGUCACUACGUCGAGUUUCUCCGAUUUUGGGGCGAUCUGAAGCUAUUCCAUGGUAGAACGGACGUUAUUCGUCUUCAAUUGGACGACGAUCAUCCCGUCCUCUCCGUAGCUUCCUGCAACAGUCGCGGGUUUUCCGGUUUCUACGAUCGAGCGGCAAUCCCCUUUCGUCCAAGAUUUUACUAUCGUUCUUGAGCAGAACGCUGCUUCCCCUGAGCUGUGGGUGGUUUGACUUUCCCCGCGCAUGCUUCAACCAACUUCCCCAGAAGACCUGCUCGCGUAUAUGAUGCAACACGCCGUCCAGAAUGCUUGUUGUGCUUAUUAGAUCCUUGAUGCACCCCAUGGACAGGUUGCUCGCCCCAGUAGAAAUCUACCACGAAGAGCGGACUCCCGCCGGGAUCAUCGAUGCUCUGCGCCGCGUUCACAGAUUGGGCCAAGGGUAUGCUCGUCACUCGAUGAGUAUGUUAUUUGAUAAACUUUUUUUUUUUCCUCCCAUUCCUGGAAGCUUCCUAUGGAUUUGUGUAAUCUAGUUUUUCUCUAAUGGUGAUCAUUGUUUGAUCUUUAGCCUGCGGAAUUAUGAGAGAGAAACUCAUGUUCUUGAGAGUGUCUGCUGACCAUUCAGUGGUUUUCCGAUUUUUCUCUUUCUAGAACUAUCAGCAAGGUAGUCUUGAGCCGGGGGCAUCACUGGAUCUCCUCAGAUAGUCACUCCCUCGACCCUUUCGGCGCCAUCAAGGUAGAAUCAACCGACAGUUGCUACUUUCACGAAAUUCUUGAGUUGAAGCUGCAAUUUCUUGCAGGAAUAAAGGUUUCCACUCUCUCUCUCUCUCUCUCUCUCUCUCUAUCUGAUUUACAUGAUAUAAUUUCUUCUGAAAGAAAUGAUUCCCUGAUCCUUCAAUCAUAUUUUCGUGUAUAUUUUACAGACUGUUGCAGCCGUGUCUUUGCUUCCAUUCGGUGUUGUCCUGUUCGGCUCCACUCUGAAGGUGAGAACCUACAGAGCCAUGAACGUGAAGAACAUCAAUCUGUCCUGCAUAAAUGCUGACAUUAGUUCCCCCGCGAGCUAUAGUCCUUAAGUGUAUUCCUAAUUUGUGGGUUUGAUUAAAAUCAGCUGAUCGAUGAUGUGUUUAGUUUCCAAUUAAGGAAAAUUUUCUUCUUUGUCAUCUUGCACCCUGCCCGUUUUCCUUAUUUUAUCCACAUCUCAAUCAUACUUUCUGGUCAGAGUUCUAGUCGAAGUCUUGACCAUUUCCAUACCUUGAAAUCCUGUGGUUUCCAUGAAUGAGGGCUCUUGAAUGUGGUCAAAAAUGGGUAUUUAACAUUUCUGUUGAUAUCUAAAUGCUCGAAGACAGAAUAGCUUCGCAUCAUGAUCAGAAAAUCAUAGGUAAUCAAAGAAGAUUACAACAUUCCUGAUUGAUGGGUUUAAUUAUAUCCGGAUGAUCGAAGAUGGGCUUGGUUUAAAAUCAAGGAAAAUUGACGCCAUGUCCCUUUUUUUGUACCCUGUCAGGUUCCCGAGAGCUCAGACUUUGUCAACCAGAUCAGGCACAGUUUUAGGAAGCUUGGGAAUUUCUCGGGGCUCCUCCAUGGAGGCGAUCAGAAUUCAAGCAUUAGAGAGGGAGCACAAGAACUGCCAGGGGGGUUAUCUUCGUUGGUUCUGUCUGGAAAUUUCUGCGAGGACGUGUACAGAGCCAUGGUGAGGCCCGCGUUGGCUUCUGUGCAGAUGCUUCCUCCUGAUGGCCCCAAUCCUGCUAGAUUGGUUAGGGAAAGCUAUGCCAUCGAUCAAUGGCUGCCAUCGAUUAGGGGCGGCUCGUCGGGCUGUGAUCCUCCACAUCCCACGGAUUGGGAGGUGGAGAGAUUUCUAUUAUCGUCAGAAGGUGAGGACCUUCCUGGUCUUCUCCCCUUGUCCUCUCAAGAUCGAGAUGAGGGCUGCCGUGGGCCCACUGGAGAUUCUCUCGGGAAGAGCUGCGCCGAGGGAGGGAGCACUUCCGGUCAGCUCGAGGGGAUUCCCUCAGACUUUGACCUGUUCGAGGGCAUGGAACUGGAUCUCAGGAAAGCAUUCCUCGGGCAGGCAUUCUGGGACGACGUUUUUGUGUCGACGGAGGACGGGGAUCUCAAGAAUGUGUUGGCUUUUCCAGAGAAAGAAAAGGUUGACUCUUCCACCAGCCAUUCUUCUGCCAUCAGCAAUGCAAAAUCGGUCAACAAUCUUGAGCCCGAGAACCAGUACUCCGCAUCCUCUGACUUUGGAGGGCAGUUGACUGACAUGGAAACUUUGGAUCUGUCGAUCCCCGUAUAUGGAGGUGAUGGGAUCCGAACAGAGUCCUCUGGUGGAGCGCCGUUGGUGUCUGAAUUUGGUCAACUGUUUGGCGACAGCUGUAGUCGGAGUCCUGGGAAUUCUGUGGUGGGGUGUCUCCUGAAGACUGGAGAAGGUGGCAAGGCCCCGAAGAAGAGGGCCCGGCCCGGGGAGAGCACCCGGCCCAGGCCCAGAGACCGUCAGCAGAUUCAAGACCGAGUCAAGGAGCUGAGGGAAAUCGUCCCCAAUGGGGCAAAGGUUGACUUUUUUUCCCGGUCUCCCCUGGUUAUUUCUUUACAUGGAUUAUGAUGAGCAACGACUUGGCUAAAAGUUUGUUUUUAUGCAACAGUGUAGUAUCGAUGCUUUGCUGGCUCGGACAGUCAACCAUAUGCUGUUCUUGCAAGGAGUGAUCAAAUACGCUGACAAAAUUAAACAAACUGAUGAGCCAAAGGUGAUUCAUUUUCUGGUCCUCACCGAUCAUCUGAAGUUGACUUUUAUUUCCUCUGAGAAACUCGAUUCAAUUCGUUUUUUUUUUUUUGUUCUUGUAAAAUAAUAGAUGAUCACCGAGGAGAGUGGCAUCAUUUUGAGGGAUGACCACGGCGGUGCCACCUGGGCGUAUGAAGUGGCAGGUCAAACCAUUGUCUGCCCUGCGUCCAUUCAGGAAGUCAACCCCCUCGGUCAGAUGCUCAUCGAGGUGAUCCACUACCCGCAUUUUCUUCUGAUGUGAUGUGGUUGACUAAAAUAUUAUCCUCACUGUUGUUGACUUUCGUUCUGUUCCGUAGAUUCUCUGUGAAGAUCAUGGGUCUUUCCUCGAGAUUGCGGAUUCCAUCCGUGGGUUCGGGUUGACCAUCCUGAAAGGCGUGAUGGAGGCCCGCAAUCGGAGAAUAUGGGCGCGGUUCCUGGUCGAGGUAGGACCAGCCGGAACAAAGAUCCUCAGCUUAUGUGGUUGACUUUGCUUCAAUCGGGAAGAACAUGGGGCGAACUUGUUUGACCUUGGAUUCAACUUUGACUUACGCAGGCGAAUCGGAAUACCAACAGGAUGGAGAUAUUUCUGCAUCUGGUUCAGCUCCUGGCGAAGAUGUCUGGAAGUGGCGGCUCUAAAGAUGGCCCGGGCAGGGUCAUUGACUGCGGGAUUUCCGGAGUGGGAGCUUAUCAGCAAUCUCUCAUGGCAGUGCCGUCCGGGUCAGCAGAUCGGGCCAGGUGA